CAUGUUUUACGGGAGUCUCCUGAGAUGCACGAAAAACUUUGAAAAGAUGGCAGCGAGAACAAAACUUUGUCUCCAGUGCGACCGCCGGUGACGAGACUACGGAGCGUGUGACCUCACAAGAGCUAGUCAGCACAUAAUAGAUAGCACACCCUUCAGAAGAGGAGGUAGGAACGAGUAACUAAGGCUCGGCCGUGUCGCCCAUAAACAAGUGUGUACUUCGUCUCUACGUAUACGUGUUCCUACGCAAGUAGUUCACUUCGGACUGUACCCCAGUCGUUAGGAAGGAGAAGGAGUAUGGGGGCGUUUCUGGAGAAGCCGAAGACGGAAAAAACCGUGUCGCAGGGUGAAGCAAACAGCCUGCGGUGGGGCGUGUCGGCCAUGCAGGGUUGGCGGUUGGAGAUGGAGGACGCGCACACAUGUGAGACUAACUUAAAGCUUAAGGGAUGGAGCUUCUUUGCCGUGUUUGACGGCCAUGCCGGCCCCAAGGUCUCCCAGUAUUGCUCCACCAACCUACUGCGCCACAUCAUGGGCUUGGUCAAGAGCUCUGACAAGGAGGAGGACGUGAGCAAAAAGAUGAAGAGAAGCUUCCUGGAGAUUGACGAUAUGCUCAAGAAGGAGAACCAGGACGAACGGCCCUCGGGGGGCACCACAGCCGUUGCCUGUAUGGUGUCGCCAGAUAAAUUCAUCUGGGCCAACUGUGGAGACUCGCGUGGUCUUCUCUGCCGGGCCAACAAGCUGGAGUACGCCACACUCGACCACAAGCCUAUGAACGAGCAGGAGAGGCUGCGUAUCGAGAAGGCGGGUGGUACGGUCAUGAUGCAGAGGGUCAACGGGUCACUGGCCGUCUCGAGAGCCCUGGGUGACUUCGACUACAAGCGGUCGUCGGAACUGAAACAGAGUGAGCAGCUGGUGUCCCCCGAGCCAGACAUGUACGUCUUGGACAGAUCUAAGGACGACCAGUUCUUGCUUCUCGCGUGCGACGGUGUCUAUGAUGUCAUGACAAACGACGAAAUCGUAGCGUAUAUUCUGCACCACCUGCAGCUGGAGUCAAAGCUAUCCAAGAUAUGCAGCGAUCUCAUCGACACCUGCUUGAAUAAGAACAGCAGAGACAACAUGAGUGUAAUUCUAAUCACUUUUCCCAGUGCCCCAAAAGUCUCACCGACGGCAAUUGAGAAGGAGAAGCAGCUAAAGGAAGAGCUUCAUCGAAGGAUUUGCGACAUUCUAGAACGAGUGUCCAAGGAGGCCCAUGACCCCAUGGACAUGGAAGAAAACUACUUGCUACAGCAGCUCAACACAGAGCUCUCCUUGCAGUACCCUGAAAUUUACAGCGAACGAGAGUUCAUUUCGAGGAAGAUCCAUGAGAAGAAGGUGGAAAAGUUUGGAAAAGACGCCAACAACUUUGCCGGUUCAGAUGUCUCCUUCGAGCAGGUGCCAGAGCCACUCGGUUUUGGGGACGGUCAAGGAGACACGUAUACGGAUAUGGGUUCAAAUAAGGAAGAAGAGCCGCAACCAGAAGAUAUGGAUACUCAACAGAGCGAGGAACAGAAGGAGGCUGGGUCAUCAGGCGAGCCGGCCAGUAAUAGCACUGGCACGGCCCCCAACACCAACACCACCACCACCACCACCACGUCCUCCACUGCAUCAGACACUGAGUCGCAAAAGCCACAGGCCUCCCCGCCGCAAGGGAACGAUCCUGUCCAGACGUAGAAAUGUCCUAGGUGUGUGUGUGUGACGUAUACUACAUAUAUAGAGCCUCGCCAACCCUUUAACCGUCCUCCGCAUCACAGCAUUAGCUGUUGUUGUGUACGGUCACCCAUAGUUUCUCUGUCCUACUGUACCACAUCCCCCUUACGCUGUCACGCAACGCACGCACAAAGAUUGUACCGUAUGAUACAAAUAUAGUUUAUAUUUUGCUAAGUGUUAAACACGGCGGCAACUGCAUAUGGUUGUUGCGUAUUUCUGUACAUGCAUGUAGACAUGUGCUCCUUUCCCUCCUCUCUCUCCAUGCUGUGUAUGUCUGUGUGUGAUUAGAGAGAGAAGAGACAACAGCUUUUUCUUCUGAGCCGCUUUAUGGUGUGGUGUGCUCACGUAAUCUCUUGUAUAUACCUACAUUGUGUUCUUGUAAAAAGAUCUAUUUUGAGAAGAAUGGGUUAUAAAUCAAAGUUGUCUGCGGAGGGCACUAUUUGGACGUGUCUCUCUCCUCCAGUCGACGCUGCAUGGAAAUCUGGUCCUGGAGCAGCUGCACGUUUUCCUCCUUACGUCGCUGUCGUUCGAUAUCUCUCUCCACGCCCAUCCUCAUUCGCUGUGCAGGACAGGAUGAACGGGCAGGCCGUCGUGGGACUCCCUGAAUUUCUUACCUUUCUCUCCCUGUUCUGGCUGUAGUGGACGACGUAUAUGGUGGUGGCAGCAAACCCUACGGCAGAUACUAGGGCCAAAUUCGCCCUAGAGAGCAUUGAAGAGGCAGACAAACUUGGCUGGCUCGCUUCGUUAUGCGCAUGCGCAUAAAUGAGCUCGAGCAGCCUCCGCCCACGUGGUCGGCGCUGAUGGAAGCACUGAGGCUGUACCGAGCUCUCUUGAAGGUGGCUAGACGCUAUGAGGUUCCACACAUUAGAAAGAGAAUGACCUACAACAUUAGAGACAUGUUUGAGGUGUUUGGGGAUGAGAAGGACAGUGGUCGAGUCCAGAACCUGAUAUCCAGAGGCUGGAAGGUCCACGGUGUCCUUGAGAAACUCAGCACCAUUGAUGAGCUAAAUGCUAUCAUGAAAACACGUGACGCCAGACCUGAACUAGAUCAAAGAUAACCGUACAUCUGUGUGUGUGUGUCUUUGUAGCAGAAGUAAUGCCUCAGUGAAGGGUAGGUGUACUUGGACGGCAGUGCUGUUUGGAUGUUUUGUUUGGGGAGGUAAAGUGCUGUUUGUUGAUAGGGUGUGGUGCUGGGGUAAUACCAUUCCGGCAUCCCUAACGGGGAUAUUGGGUGUGCAGGGAAAUUAGUCACCAGCCAAUAAAUUCCUUAUAGCGGGUGCAUUAG